CCACCGCCUCCGUUGUUCGUUUGCUCCACGGGACGGCCGGCGCAGCAAUUCUUUCUUCCGUACACACACCAUAUAUAUCCGCCGCCGCAAUGUCUGCCGCCACCGCUUGCAUGCCCCUGGUCCCUCCGCCUCCGUCGUCUCCUAUCCACGGAUCGACCGGAAAGCCGGCAAUGGCGGCCACCGAGCUCGCCGAGAGGCGGAAGCCCGGUGGCAUGGAGACUACCAUUACUGAGAGCCAUGGCAGCGAGGAGCGGCGUGCCGAGGGCAACGGCGACGGCGAGGUGAAGAUGAGCGAGCCGCGGGCGGUGGUGCGGACGCUGACGUGCGAGCGCAAGCCCUACGUGGAGGGCUUCGCGCUCUGGCGGAGCAUCGGCAGGCCUGAGCUUCCGGAGUUGGAUCCGAUCCUGUCCUUGGACGAGUUCGAGUUUUCUGCACCAGCUGCCUUUCCUGACCAUCCCCACCGAGGAUUUGAGAACGUCACCUAUAUGCUCGAGGGAGGCGUCAGUUACCAUGACUUUUCAGGCCACAAGGGCACCAUCAACGCAGGAGAUGUUCAGUGGCUGACGGCGGGGCGCGGCGUCGUGCACGCGGAGGUGCCCGCCGGCAAUGGCGUGCAGCGGGGCAUCAACAUCUGGGUCAACCUCUCCGCCAGCGACAAGAUGGUGGAGCCGAGGUACCAGGACCUGGCGAGCAACGGCAUCCCCACCGCCGCCACAGGCGGCGGCGGCGUCUCCGUCAAGGUCAUCGCGGGCGAGUGCCUGGGCGCGCGCUCGCCGCUGCGGCCGCGCACCCCGGCGCUGUGCCUCGACGUCGCCCUGCGGCCCGGCGCGCGCCUGCGCCAGCCCGUCCCGCGCGGGUGGAGCGCGUGCGCCUACGUCAUCGGUGGCGAGGCCGUGUUCGGCGACGCCUCCGCUGGGGCGCGCACGCUCGUUGUGUUCGGCGGCGACGGCGAUGUCAUAGACGUGAGGGCCGAGGCGGCGGGCGCGGUUGCGGGCGCGAGGGUGAUGCUGGUGGCAGCGCGGCCGCACGGCGAGGCGGUGGUGCGGGACGGCCCCUUCGUCAUGAACACCCGGGAGGAGGUGGAGCAGGCGCGGGAGGACUUCCGCCGACGCCGCAAUGGCUUCGAGAUGGCCGACGGCUGGACCUCUGACCACGCCGCCACCGCCGCCGAGCGCUGAAGAUCUAGGCGUGGAUGGCUUCUAGUUGUAGAAUUUUGCCCCCAAAGAAAUGCAGUAUAGCGUACAAAGUGUUUGUAAUAAGGUAUGAUCAAUUUGGAAUCAAUGUUCAUGAAAAUGGGUGGCCAGGAAUUGUAAUCUAGAUUCCUACAUGCGUCCCCGUUUGGCUU